GUUGACAACUACAUUCUUGUAAUUUUACAUUUUGAGUUUAAUGGCAUGAAAAUAAAUUAAUUCGUAAAUUAAUAAAAUAAGUAAACUAAUAUUUAGGAUAUGUAGAAUAUAAUUACAUUCGCUUAUAUAUUUAAUAAGUUUCACAUAGUUUCAAAGUAAAAUAACGAAUCUACGAUAACGAUAUAGAAUUAACCUAAAAUGGUACCAUUUCGAAUAUCUGUUUCAUUAAAUAGCUUCUUUAAUGACCAACGAUCGUUGAGUUACAUACUCAUUGAUAGCCGCUUUCAAACCAUCGAAGACCUAGAAAAUCAUAUAAAAAUUGUUUUUAAACUUAAGCCUGAUUGUGAUAUUUGCUUAAUUUCUAACAACCACUUGUUACCAUCAACAGAAGAAAUAAACCUUAUUCACGAAGGUGACUCAUUACAUGUUUCACCCGCAAACAAAGAUUUUUGUCUAAGAACAAAAUCUAAUGUAAUUCACGAAGAAGAUUUACAACCUCCAAUUAAAAAACGUAAAACCAGCAAAAAACAUUUAAAUACUGCUUGCAUUUCUCUCGACGAUUCAAGCGAUGAAAAAGAUGUUUUAAAAAUUGAACCAGAAACUGCGCCUCAGCCAGCAAAGAAGAAGAAAAAAAAGAAAUCUGUACAAUUUGGUGAAACUUUUCAAAACGAUACUCAUAAAACAGAAUCAAAUGAAACAGUUGUAAUGGAAGUCGAUAGUAUCGAUCAAAGAAAUGUUAUCGAUAAUAAAAACAUUCAAAUACUAAACAUCGAAAAUGUUUCGAAUAUGAAACUUGAUUCAAUAAAUAGAACAAAUCUAGAAAGUAAGAUUGAUGAAAAUGAAAUUUUAUUUUGUACAACAGAAGUCAAUAAUUCAAAUUAUUAUAAAAAUGAAGCGAGUUCUUCAAAAAAUUAUGACUUAAAAACUAAUUCAAAAUUUACCAAUACCGAUUACAGUGCUUCAAAUUUUGAUAAUAAUGAUACCACUGCAUCACAAUGUUUUGAUCUAGGAACUAGUUCGAAGUUUUCUAAUGUCGAAUGCACUACUUCAAAGAUUGAUAAUGAUAGCAACAUUACAUCACAGCGUCCUGACCAAGAAACUAGUUCGAAAUUUCGUGAUACAGGGAUUUUAAAAAAGAAUCUCUCUACAUCACAGCAUUUUGACUCAGAAACGACACCGACAUUGUGUAAUACAGGAAACAAUACUUCAACUCUUUAUAAAAAUUCAAAAUUUGAUAUUGCCAGUACUUCAAAAAUUAUUUGCGGAAUUAACGAUACAAUUAAAAAUGAUAAUACCACUAAUAUUGAUGAAAACACAAGUGUCGUAAAAGAUGGUGAAACUUCAAAUGAAUUUAUUGAGCAUUUAAGAGUUUCCCAUAAUGGUAGUCGUGGAAAAAUUCCACCAUUUACUAUAGGAGAUUUCUUGAAUUACGCACACUCGGUUGGAAAUAAAAAUGAAACUAAAAUUGAAGAUAACAAUAUGAAUUCCCCAUGUGCUCAUGUAACGAAAAGACGCAAACGUAUUAGAAAACGUAAGUCUCGCAGUAAAGAUGGAAAUAUCUCUAUAAAUUCGAUGUCAGAUGUUGAACCGGAAUUUCGAAGGCCUUUAAUAGCAGCAAGUCCACGAUUACACAUUAGGUUUGAUAGUUUAGAUAAAAAUUCUAAUGAAACUACGUUAUCUGCCACGAACAGUCCUAUCUGCAGUAGCACACCCAAUCCAGAAUCAACUAAAUGUACUGUUAAAAAAGAAAAUAAUGAAACAAUUUUGAAUAAAAAUGAUCGCAACUCUAUCAAGGAAAAUAGUAUCACUGAAAGUAAAAUUGAGUUUUCCCGAAAUCUUGCAAAUGAUUCACUGGAUGUUAAUGACAAUUUUUUUAAAAACAUUGAUCUCACCAAUAAUAAUUUAGAGAAUGUUAAAAACGUACUAAUGAAAAAAGAUGUACCACCGGAAAUUAAUGAUAUUAUAGCUUUUAAGAUGUAUGAAUUAAAUGAAAAAUAUGAACCUUGUAUUUCAAAUUGGAUUGUGGGUAAAAUUUUAAAAUGGUAUCCUACAGAAAAACAUGUGGAUGUUUUUAUUUUAGCUGGCCAAAUAAAAACUAAUGUCCCAAAUGGAAAAUUCGAAUUGGAAGGUAAUGGCGAUUGUGAAAAUGAAGACAAUCAAAGAAAUGAAAGUGAGAGUUUGGAAAACGGAGACGACAGAAGAAAUAAUAAGUCAAGUAUUGUUAAUUUAAAUUUCACGAAUCUUAUUGAUCCAAGAUUAAUAAUAAUUAAAAAUUAA